UGUGUGGUCAUGUAUUGUACUUCCCAACCAACUUCAGCACAGUGAGUAAACUAAUUGAGAUUUUGAGAGGAAAUCACGGACGUCGACAUUUUUUAAACUGGUGAAGCCAAUUCUGGAAGUAUGGACGAUUUAGACGCUUUGUUGGCGGACCUGGAAUCCACGACGUCCCACAUCUCCAAGCAUCCUGUGUUCCUGUCUGAGGAGACCCCCUACUCCUUCCCCACUGGAGGGAACUCCUACCAGGAUGUGUCAGUCCCUCCCCCGGUGCCACCCCCUCCCUCGGCUGAGGCUCUGAAUGGCUCUGUGAUAGACUCCCUGGACUCCCACCACUCCUCCCAACAGUCCUUGGGUUCAGCUCCGAAGAGCUUAUGGUCCAGGGACAGUAGCAGCCCGCCCCUGUCCCACAUUGAAGAGGACCACGUGUACAGUUUCCCCAACAAACAGAAGUCUGCUGACCAGUCUGCGGCUGCUAUGAGCUCAGCUCUGGGCAGUAACCUGUCAGAGCUGGACAGGCUGCUCCUGGAGCUCAACGCUGUCCAGCAGAACUCUCCCUCCUUCCCCACCACAGAGGAAACCGCCCCACCCCUGCCGUCCUGCAGCAUAACCCACUAUGUGCAGGAGAACGGGGGUCCCCCUGACGUCAUGGUGAGCCCUCCGUCUCAGGAGAAGACCAAACGGAACGGGAGGCAGGCGGUGGAGGAGGGCCGGCCCACUGUGGAGAGUCUGCUGGAUGAGCUGGAGGGCUCUGUACCCACUCCCAGCCCCUCUGUCCUUCACAAUGAGUUGGACUCUUCCUCUCAGCAGCAGGCCACAAUGUCAGCUUCCUGUGCUACACGCGAACUUGAUGAGCUCAUGGCCUCCCUUUCCGACUUCAAGAUCAUGGCCCAGGGGAAAGGUGGCCCUGGAGGCCCCCCAACACAGGUCAACAAGCUGGACAACAUGCUCGGCAGUCUGCAGUCUGACCUCCAUAAACUGGGUGUGCAGACUGUGGCCAAGGGAGUGUGUGGGGCAUGUUGUAAACCCAUCGUGGGACAGGUGGUUACUGCCAUGGGGCGCACAUGGCACCCAGAGCACUUUGUGUGUAGCCACUGUCAGGAGGAGAUAGGUUCCAGAAACUUCUUUGAGCGUGACGGAGCACCCUACUGUGAGAUGGACUACCACAACCUGUUCUCCCCACGCUGCCAGUACUGUAACGGCCCUAUACUGGAUAAAGUUGUGACUGCGUUGGACAAGACAUGGCAUCCUGAACACUUCUUCUGUGCUCAGUGUGGAUCAUUCUUUGGCCCAGAGGGCUUCCAUGAGAAGGAUGGGAAGGCGUACUGUAGGAAGGACUACUUUGACAUGUUUGCACCGAAAUGUGGCGGCUGUGCCCGAGCCAUUCUGGAGAACUACAUCUCUGCGCUAAACUCCCUUUGGCAUCCAGAGUGCUUUGUCUGCAGGGAGUGCUUCACCCCAUUUGUGAAUGGGAGUUUCUUUGAGCAUGAUGGGCAGCCCUACUGUGAGGUGCACUACCACGAGCAGCGAGGCUCCCUCUGCUCGGGUUGUCAGAAGCCCAUAACCGGCCGCUGCAUCACAGCCAUGGGCAGGAAGUUCCACCCGGAGCACUUUGUUUGUGCCUUCUGCCUCAAGCAGCUCAACAAGGGCACCUUCAAGGAUCAGAACGACAAGCCCUACUGCCAGGGCUGCUUUGUGAAGCUCUUCAGUUAGGGAGUGUGUGUGUGGCUCACAAGCUUGUAUCGGAAAGUGUCUGUGUAGCUCUGGUAGUGUGUGCAAAUCAGAUUGUGUGUUUGAAUUGUUUGAGGGAUGUGUGUGUGUGUGUGUGUGUGUGUGUGUGUUUCAGGUAGUAUGUGUGUGAGAUUCCAGCAUUCUCUUUUUGGCCUUUGAAGUGUAAUGGACAAUCAGAUCAGGUCUCUGCCUGUGCGCUUUCUGUGAUGCUCAGAAUAGUGUGAUUUCAAACCCAAAUAGUUUUGCUUUGCUUUUGUAGUCUGGGUAAAUGCUUACUGAACACUGUAAGAACACAUGGGAUACGUAUAUGGAAGUGUUUUGAGGUUGCUGCUCACUGGUUGAGUGUCUCUUGAAAACCAUUUGAAAUGUGACAUGUUACUAGAUCAGGGAGAUGUUGACCUGUCUUUUUUAAAUAUGUUUUUUAAAUCAGCUGAGGCCUUUCAACUGCUAAAGCAAAGGCCUCGGUGAGAUUUCUUUAAUUUGCUGUCUGAGUAACAGAGAACAGAUGCAUAUAAUGAUGUCAUUGUAGCUUUGACUGGAAAUAGGCUGUGGGUCAGUCAUUAUUUUAGUACUUGUGAAGCACAUGGUCGUGUCAUCAGACCCUUGUGGACUCAUUUUCACACACACGACCUUGUGACACAAUCAUGAACACCUCCACACAAGCAUUUGGUGUUUGACAAACAUACUGACAUGUUACAAUUUAGAUUUAAUGUAUAUUGGAAUGUUUCUAUAAAAUGUAUGUGAAAAAGAUUAAUUUACAACAAAUAAUAUUUGACUCCCUCUGUUUGGGAAAUCGGAGUCACAUAUAACGACAAAUGGGGAGAUGGAUAAUGUUACUUUGUCACCUUCUCCACUGCCUACUCAGUCCUUUUAGAGCUUAACCCUUAGUUGGACUGGUUUGGACUUUCCUUUAUGUUCAGAAAGUGCUGAUGCAGUAUAAAAGAGUGCCACUAUAAACAAUUGAAUUGAUUCUGCAUACAGGAAACGGUUGCAUUUUACUGUGAGAAUAUUGUAUACAAAGCGCUGGUCAGUUAAUAGUUUGGAUAAUUACUCAUUAAGAGAAAUCCUCUUUAGAAAUUUCAAAGCAGAGAUGCUUUUCUAUUUUUCAAGAUCUGUGAAGUUACUGUGCAUUGAGUUUCACUUUUUGUAAAAUAAAUAGAAUACUGCACAAGGCUCCUUAUGUACGUACACACAGAUUCUAUGCAAACAAUACUGUGUGUAGCUGCAAACAUUUAACUCAACAACCCUCUUGACUCUCCAAGUGAGGCAUAUUCCUUGAAAGCAUAUCUAUUUUCUGUGCCAAUAUAUCAAUGCAAUGUCUUUUACACUGGGGAGACCAGCAAGGAAUCCUACUGUUUAUAGACUGGGAGUCCUGGACUAUCUCUUCAGAUAUCUGUCAGUGUGAGCCCACUGGAUAAUGUGUGUUGAUAUUGGUCUAAGAGUGUGCACUGUGCAGGAUCUACUGUACACCAGUUGUGUUUGUGGGCUUGUAUUCUUAUCCAUCACAUUGUAUUGGGUUUGUAUCUUGUUCAGGGAUUUACACCCAGAGCUUGUAAAUCUCUGUUCAUUGUUUUUAUUUAAAUCAUUUAACUAUUUGUAUACUCAGAAUCAUUGUAGUUGGCAGUUAUUUAACCAAAGUGACUUCAUUGAAAUUGUGUCCCUUGUCACAUUUUCAUUUGAUAUGUCAUAGUGCUGAAUACUGAGCCAACUCAUUUCAUGGGUAGAUUUUUGUUGUUGUAUAGCCCAAGUGUAUAGUAUUUGUGAUAAUGUUUUCCUUUGGCGAAACAAAGGCAAUUUUGCCUAUUUAUCUAGGAAUGGAUUCUGCACACUCUAGAGAUUAUUGCCACCGUGGUGAAAUCUAGAGUAGACUGUGAUGGCAUUAUGUUUAUAAGAAUGGUGGGGUAAAACAUUUUUGCCAGUGAUAUUGUUGUGAGGAAAGCAUGACGUACAGACUAAAAGUAUGCCCAAGAAGCAGCUUGUUUAUCCUCAACUUCUCCCUGGCCUUGACAUGAGAAACAGUCUAUUCACACCACUUCGAUACAGCUAUGACCAGAAGUGACUUUUCGUAGCAGGUUAGUGAAAAUGCUCUCCUAACCUGCUAUGAAAGCCACUUCUGGUUGUUGCUGUAUCGAAGUGGCAUGGGAAGAGUGUCUGGUGGAGUGAAAUCAUACAGGUUGUGGAUCUUUUGAUGGCCCUUGCUAUCAUUAAUCUUUGGGACGUCUCAACUCUGACAUUACCCCCAUUGAAGUUGAAAUGUAAAAUGGUUAAGUCUUGGGUAUGGACGUUGCAGGGAUCCCGGUUUGCAAUAACAUAUUUUGAAACACAUCUUUGCAGCAAAUUCACAACACAGUUAACUCGGCACAUACUGUUGUAGAGGGUAAAUCUCAAUUGAUUUUUUUUUACUGUCAUCCUUCCUUUUUUUUCUCUAAACGUUCCACACACCAAGGGCAAAAGAGUAGGCUAGGGUUAUGUCAAAACAGGCCACUUCAAUACGGCUUCGAUACAGCUACGACCGGAAGUGAUUUCCGUAGUAGGUUGGGAGUGCGUUUUCGCUAGGAACCCUAGAGAGGAAGAGGCGAAGCGAUAGGUUUUACCCCGCCCAAAAUCUGUCCACGAAAAUAAGACCAUGAAGUGAUAGAAACCUAUCAAAUUGGCAACAGCUUUUCAUUCAAAUAUUCUAAAAUCCGCAUUAAAAUAAUAUGCGCAUUUCGAGAUGUUUCCUUCAAAUAAAGUUGUUGAAGAAUAAAAGGCUGUGCGUGAUGACGUAGUGCACAUUACAAAAAAAACUUUAAUUGAUUUCGAUCGCAUUUUCAACUCUACGGGUGGUUUUGCCAAAACAACUUGAGUUAUAGCGAAUGUGCCCACUCUGGUCUUGGCAUGUGUGCUCUAACCAACAGCUCGCAGUGCGGGUAGGCUACUUACAUGAUGAGGUUAUUGUGAAUAAGAGCGAGAUCAUUUUUAUUUGUCAAACGGCAGCCAAGCAUCGGUCAUCAUGUCACCAGAAUAAGACCCUCUAUAUUUAUUGGAAAGCAGCAUCAAGCUCAUCACCGUGCACGUUCACCACCCUGUGCAAUUCCUCAUAAUUUAUUUAAUCUAUAGCCUAAUAAACUGCAUGGUUUCCCGGGUCAUAGGUUGUGUUGUCCUCCCACUAUCAUCGCGCCACUCCAAAAUUACUUCGAAAUGUUGGUUAUUAUAUAAAUAUUUGGGCAUAAUGGCGUUUCCACAUAAAUUUCUCGCAUAAUUUAUUUUACUGACACAAAAAGAUCCCACCUUCUCUAGCGUAUAUUGUUUUGUCAACAUUGGGAAAGUUUACCGACAAAUUAGAUGUUUCCAUCAACAACCUGGCCUGUCAUUACUUUUUUUUAUCCGACAUGUACUUUACAAGCAUAAAAAGGUUGGAUGGAAACCUGGUUAAUGAAAGUGGUGACUGGUCAACAAGAAGAAAAUAUACUACUUUAAAAUGGAGAUACAAAAACGAGUUCUCUAUCUCCAUGGUCUGUUGUUCACAAGCGCGUAUCUGCUCUCUCAUUGUCUAGAAUGGUUACACAUCUCGCCUCCUCCAGCCUGCCUUCCAUCUUUGAGCACAUUUAAAAAAAAAAUAAUAAUAAUAAUUACACUUAUUUAAUUAGACAAUUCAGUUAACAACAAAUUCUUUACAAUGAUGGCAUGUUAGUGGAUCACUUUUGUCAAGUCCAAUACCAUUGCUGAUCACCUCCUUUAAAAGAGUGUUGUAUUCUGGCGAUAAAAAUUGUCCGACUUGUCGACUGCAUGAACUUUACAAAUAUCAUGUAAUCAAAGGCCAAAGUUUCUGCAGUUGCUCUUCACCAACUUCAUCCUGCAGGAUCACCUGCAUUGUGGGAUAUUCUAUUGUCAACCAAUCAUUAGGGUGUUUUUGUUUGACCAAUGCAAACGUGAUCAAAGACAUGACUGAAACUAGUUUCAAGAUUUAAUGUCAUGUGCCCAAGUACAGUGAAAUGCCUUUCAUGCAAGCGCCAAACACAACAAUGCAGUAAUCAAUAUCAAUGUUGCACUGAACACAACCAGGUAGAACAAAAACACACAAGAAAUAAAAAUAAGAAAACGAGAAAGUAAGAAGCUAUAUUCAGGGUCAGUUAGUAAACCAUAUUUACAAUGUGAGGGAUACUGGAGUGAUAAGAGGUAGAUAUGUAUAGGGGUAAGGUGACUAGGCAUCAGGAUACUGUAUGGUAAACAGAGUAGCAGCAGCACAAAUGAUAGUUGUAUGUUGUUUUUAUUUACUUUUCUGCUCUUUUACCCACCAGGAUUUCUACUUGCAAAUCACCAUCUGCUCAUCUAUCACUCCAGUGUUCAUUUGCUAAAUUGUACUUACUUUGCUACUAUGACCUAUUUAUUGCCUUACUUCCUCACGCCAUUUGCACACACUGUAUAUAGACAUUCUUUUUUUCUAUUGUGUUAUUGACUGUACGCUUGUUUAUUCCAUGUGUAACUCUGUGUUGUUGUUUGUAAUCGCACUGCUUUGCUUUAUCUUGGCCAGGUUGCAGUUGUAAAUGAGAACUUAUUCUCAACUAGCUUACCUGGUUAAAUAAAGGGGAAAUAAAAAAUAAUAAAAAUU